CGUUGGGGAGCGUAGGAGCGGCGUUUCUGGUUACGGGGUCGGACAAAGGGCAAAGGUCAGCCUCCUGGUUGGAGAGCACCUCCUUUUUGCCAUGGCGGCGUCUGGGGAACCUGGCCGGCAGUGGCAGGAGGAGGUGGCGGCGGUGGUAGUGGUGGGCUCCUGCAUGACCGACCUGGUCAGCUUCAAGAGGCUGCCCGCUUUCCUUGGCUCAUGGCCCCUUCCAACAUCUUCGAAGCAAGCAAUGGUCAGUCAAGUCUUUCUCACAUGGCAUCACUCUGAGGCUUACUUUCUGCCUUCCUCUUCUACAUUCCUUACUUCUCGUUUGCCCAAAACUGGUGAAACCAUUCAUGGACAUAAGUUUUUUAUUGGCUUUGGAGGGAAAGGUGCCAACCAGUGUGUCCAAGCUGCUAGGCUCGGAGCAAAGACAUCCAUGGUAUGCAAGGUUGGCAAAGAUUCUUUUGGCAAUGAUUAUAUAGAAAACUUAAAACAGAAUGAUAUUUCUACAGAAUUUACAUAUCAGACUCAAGAUGCUGCUACAGGAACUGCUUCUAUAAUUGUCAAUAAUGAAGGCCAGAAUAUCAUCAUAAUAGUGGCCGGAGCGAAUUUACUUUUGAAUACUGAAGACCUGAGGGAAGCAGCCAAGGCCAUCAGCAGAGCCAAAGUAAUGAUCUGCCAGCUAGAAGUAACUCCGGAAACUUCUUUGGAAGCCCUGACCAUGGCCCACAGCAAUGGAGUGAAAACAUUGUUCAAUCCAGCUCCUGCCAUUGCUGACCUGGAUCCUCGCUUCUAUGCCCUCUCAGAUGUGUUCUGCUGCAAUGAAACUGAGGCUGAGAUCCUAACUGGCCUCACGGUCAACAGCCCUGCAGACGCUGGGAAGGCUGCACAGGUGCUCUUGGAAAGGGGGUGCCAGGUCGUAAUCAUCACCUUAGGUGCUGAAGGCUGUGUGAUGCUGUCACAGACAGAACCUGUCCCAAAGCACAUCCCCACAGAGAAGGUCAAGGCUGUGGAUACCACGGGUGCUGGUGACAGUUUUGUGGGGGCUCUGGCCUUCUACCUGGCUUACUACCCCAAUCUGUCCUUGGAAGAAAUGCUCAAGAGAGCCAAUUUCAUCGCAGCAGUCAGCGUCCAGGCUGCAGGAACACAGUCAUCUUAUCCAUACAAAAAAGACCUGCCACUUGAUCUGUUUUGAUUGCUACUAACCCUAAAAUAAAUGUACUUGGAAAUAAAAUGUACUUGGGGGAGGGGGUGGCUCUUAGCUAGCAGCUUACUAUAAAAUAUCCUCUUCUCUGUUCUUUGCAAAUAUGUUCAUUUAUGAAGUCAUACUCAAGCUUUCAUUAUUUUUAAAUUAUUUUUCUAAUGUUUAUUUUUGGGAGAGAGAGAGACAGAAUCUGAAGCAGGCUCCAGGCUCCACGAACGGUCAGCAGAGUCAGUAUACAAGGUCCGAUAUGAUCUAUAUCCUACACCCCUCUCCCUUCCCAUGCCAUUUCCACCCAUUCUCCCCUCUACGUUCAUUGCACACUGGCCUCCUUACCCAACUCAAACCACUUCAGGGCCUCCACACUUACUGUGCCCUCUGCCUAGAACACUCUUUCCCCACAAGUUGAUGUGCCUUACUCCCUCACGUGUGCAAAUGUUACUAUCAAAGGCCUCCCUUAGACACCCUUUACCCAACACCAACAACUCCCUCUUUCUCUCCACCUGCUUCAUUGUUGUGCGUAUCAGUUAUUACCCACCUGUUUGUUCAUUUGUCUCUCCAGAACUUAAGCUCCAGAGCAGAGAAUGUUAAAUGAGGGAAGAGGGCACAAGAAAUUGGACCUCAAGCAGUUCCUAAGAAGGACAGCUGACAUUCAGUGUUAGGAGUUGUCAAAGCUUCUGUUUUGCAAGAGAAGCCAGAAGUCUGGAUGUUUAUUGAAAUCUUUUCGAUGUUUAAGGGUCAGCAACUGAUUUUUUUAAAAAUGCAAACAUGGGGGAAUGCCUGGGUGGCUCAGUCGGUUAAGCGUCUGAGUCGAUUUCAGCUUAGGUCAUGGUCUCACGGUUUGUGAGUUCGAGCCCCCGCAUCAGGCUCCGUACUGAUGGUGCGGAGCCUGCUUCGGAUUCUCGCUCUCCCCUCUCUUUGCCCCUACUGCACUUGUUCUCUCUCAAAAUAAACAAAUAAACUUCAAGACAAAACAAAACAUACUUUUAAAAAAACAUAAACAUGGGGGCACCUGGGUAGCUCAGUCGUUAAGCAUCUGACUUCAGUUCAUGAUCUCACAAUUUGUGAGUUUGAGUCCCACAUCAGGUGAACUCGAGCCCUGCUUGGGGUUAGCAUGAGCCCGCUUCCAGUGAGUGCUGCUUCUCUCUCUCCCUCUGCCUCUCUUGGGAUUCUCUGUCUCUCUCUCUCUCUCUCUCUCUCUCUCUGCCCCUUGCUCACUUGCACCCUCUCUCUCUCACAAAAAAAACUUAAAAAUGUAAACACCACCUGUGGGCCAUGUUCAGCUCAUGUGCUGAAUAGAUAAGUCAUCUGUUAAGCCAGAUUUUAUGUUGUUUUGGGUUUAAAAAAAAAAAAGGCGAUUCAUACAUGUCACAGACCCUUUACAUCUGACUUAGCUAGGAUCAGGUGAAGAAUUUUUCUUGUAACCCAAAGUCACUACAUAUAGUUUCAACCUACAAAUAGCCAAGAUCUCACCUAUCAUUGCUUUGAACCAAAGUUUUAACAAAAGAUGCCAGAAAAUAGUUUAUUGACUUUAAUGCCACAAGCCACGAAGGCUCAACAACUGUCUACAUCUAAUUCCAUUUUCAGAAAGCUACUCCUGCACAUCCUCCACAGACUGAGCCAUGGUGGGGGCGGGGGGCGGGGGCGGGGGGGGGGGGGAGACACACCUGUUAUUUUGGAAUAGCAUUGGCUUUGUCAUGCUUGAGGCCAUGGUGGGCACGCUAUCAUUCUCCUAGAUAAAUGCUUUAAAUGGGGUAAGAUUAUGAACCAGCAGAGCUCAAAAUAAAAGCUGAUCCUUCUCACAUUCAGUCAGAAAUUUGAUAUAUAAAGGAGAAAACUAAAUAAUCUCUAGAAAAGAAUGCAGAUUUCAACUCAGAUUUCUUACUGAAAAUCUGUAGGAAACAAUAAAUAGCUUGAGUGAGAAAGUAUAUGGAUCUGGGUAGGGCAGGGGUCCUUACGUGAAUGAGGGAUUAUCAGUGGAACUUCCAAGCUGGUUAGCUGUGUGGUACCAAGCCCCAGAAGCCCCAGUCAUAGCUCUGUGGAAAUACACUCUAGCUUUUCUUAUUAAAACAAAUAAAAACAAAUAAUUUUUUUUAAAAAGGAAAUCUAGGAGAUAAAGGGAGUCCAAAGCAUUCCUAGAAACUCCUAACUACUGUUUCAGUGACCAGAGUUUGAGAAUACAGACCAAUGGCAUUUUUCCUAAUUAUAUAAGCACAAAACAAAAUGAAAGUUCUCAUGAUUCCUUUUAUGUUACAAGGCUGGCCCCCUUCUCAUUCCUGUUCACCCUUACCACCUCUGUUAUUACACAGUUUUUUCAAGAUCACUCUGGAGAAUGACUCUGCCUUUCCUAUGAAGUACAAAGAGGAGCAGACUGGAAAGUCUUGCACAAGUUUCAUUAUGGAAACUUUCUUUUAUAUGAAACAAUGCUUAUUCUUUAGUAAUGUAGUUGUUUUUUUUAUUUCAAAGAGUGGGGGAAAACAUCACUAAGAGACAAUAGUACACGCUAUUUUAAUAUUUUUUAUUAAGGGCUAUAAAAAUAUCCAGAAAGAUAAAUAAAUGUGAUGCAAUGAUAUAUGUCCUAAUAUGAAGAACUUUCUUUCAGUCCAUUGUUUUCCUUCACAAUGGCCUUCAAAUCACAGGAGGCAGUGAUUCCGUGCCAUUUCCUCUUCUUUUAUUACACGCUGCAGAAUUUCUGAAUCAGUAUCCCGCCCUCAGUCUUCUCAUUUAUAAAUCAAAUUCAUUUUCAAUCCAUUGUUUAGAGGGAGCGUAUUUUUUUCUGUUCCACAAAGAGGACUUUUGUUUUCACUGUAAGAGAAAAAUGGGUUGUAGCAGAAAACUAAAAGCAUCAUCAUCAUUUUUAAAUAAAAAUAUGUGUGUCAGACCACAA